CGUAAUUUCCUGUGUAAACAACGACAGCUGUAGUUGUAGUUUCAUUUCAGCUAUGGAUACACGAAUUUCAUGUGUACUCAUACUGUUUAGUUAUGGAUGUUGUUCUCGUCUUCACCUGACUAAUGAGUACGAAUUUAAGACUGUAUUUCGUGGUGUCCGAGACAGAAAUGGAUACAUUAAAGCUCGGAAUGAAGUGAUAUUGGCUGAAUCUAACAUGAGAAUUGGCCAUGAUAUUGUUUUAGACAAGACAGAACAGAGAGUUAACGACAUACUGAUGAAAUACAAAGAAUUAGAAAUAAACAAAUCAAGAACUAUGAAUGGAGCACCCUUCCCUCCGAGCAUUGAUUUUCUGGUCAGUAAACCAAUGGUGGAGAAAAGCCAAGUGUUUCAGAUCAUAAAAUUGAUGCCCAAAGGAGCGGCGCUUCAUCUUCAUGAUUGUUCUAUGGUGGACCUGAACUGGCUGGUCAAGAAUGCAACCUAUCGAGAGAACUGUUAUAUGUGUGUUAACGUCAAUUACACCGUGUACUUCAAGUUUUUUGGUGGUACACCGCCUAGUAACCCAGGUUGUCCUUGGAAAUCUGUAAAGACUGAGCGUGCAAAGGCACGCAGUGUAGAGAAAUUUGAUCGAAUGCUCUAUAUGAACAUGUCGUUAAUUACGCCUGAUCCUAGGAAAGCCUAUCCGACCAUUGAUGCUGUAUGGGUCCGAUUUUUACACACCCUGGACCAAGCUAAUGGCCUCAUCAACUAUGCACCAGUGUUUGCUGACUAUUUCUACGAAGCCCUGAAUGAAUUUAAUUUAGACAAUGUCCAGUAUCUUGAAUUCAGAGGACUUUUUCCAGAGGUAUAUGAGCUCGAUGGCUCGACUAAGGAUAGGAAUUGGGUAGUAAAGACUUACAACGACCUGUUUGAAAAAUUCACAGCUGAUCAUAAACACGAGUUCAGUGGAGGAAAAAUGAUAUAUUCCGGAAUAAGGGUAGUACCAGAAAUCGAUAUUUUAAAUCAGGUUAAAGAGGCCAUACAUUAUCGGCAGCUGUACCCAGAUCACUUUGCCGGCUAUGAUUUGGUUGGACAAGAAGAUCCUGGUGUUCCACUCGUUAAAUAUCUAGACGCUCUUCUCUACCCAUCAGAACAAACCCCACCAGUCGAUCUUCCAUAUUUCUUCCAUGCUGGCGAAACAGAUUGGGAAGGAACCCCGACAGACAAUAACCUGAUUGACGCCGUGCUUCUCAACACAAGCAGGAUUGGACAUGGCUAUGCAAUGGUCAAGCAUCCACAAGUUAUGAAGAUGGUGAAGGAACGAAAUAUUGCUGUAGAAGUUAACCCCAUCUCGAACCAGGUGCUUUUAUUAUUAAGCGACCUCAGAAAUCACCCAGCAGCAGAACUGGUGGCCCAGGAUUUUCCAGUCGUCAUCAGUGCAGACGACCCGGCGGUUUGGGGCGCACGAGGCUUGUCCUAUGAUUUCUACAUGGCAUUCAUGGCACUCUCUGGCGAAACUACAGACUUAAGACUUCUGAAAAAGUUGGCAAUAAACUCUAUACAAUAUAGUGCUAUGACCCCAGUUGAGAAAAGUAAGGCUUUGAAUUUGUGGCGACAAAAAUGGGAUGCCUUCAUACAACGAAUGUUGCAUCAGGUCAACCAGUCAGGGAGCUUCCCAUCAAAUCCUUUUGGUUAAAUUAUUUUUAGGUCACAUUGAGCGAGACAUUUGAUAUGUAUUUAUUGUUUGUCUCCAUCUAUUUAAUGAUUUGUUUUAAAAGUUUUACAAUGUUAAUUAGAGUAUUUUUAUAGUAUUUGUUGUGAGUGAAUUAAAUGGAUAGUCUUCCUAUGAAUUCAAAAUCACAAGUAUUAUUGUAUGAGUUGUAUCAGCCAUACUUAUCAAUUGUGAUGUACAAAAUGGGAUUUUUGCCUCAAAAUCAUACAGUACAUGUAUUCUAAAACGGAAAAAAGACCAAAGAAUUUUAUGUGUACCAAUUUCAUAAUAGAAAUUUUAUUUUUGAUACUGAC